AUGUCUCAAACCACCCCUGUUGACCAACAACCCCCUCAGUUUCCUCCUUAUCUCACCGAACCACCAGUAGUCACUGAAGCCCAAUGGGCACACCGACUAGCCCUUACUCACAAACAGACCGACAUUGUAGAUGCCACCAAACUGAUGUCAGAUAGGCACGCAUACUUUUAUCUAUUCCUUCAGUCUAACAUCGAGUGCCCUUACGCUACCUACCCUCUGGACAUGUUCCAUCGCUGGCAACAAUCAUUCCUAAUUGCUGAUGAACUACACGCAGUCACCGUCUCACUGGCUUCAUUAGUAGAUGAGCUUACACGGGACAACAAUUCCGCAUUGAGUAUUGGAGCGACUUUGCUCAUGGAACACUUGCAGAUAUAA